UACAAACUGUGAUGGUUGCGAGUUAAGGGUAACGAGACGCGUGGGUACAAUCUGAAACCUUUCACAGCGUCCGUGGCGGCAAUUACACGAACUAAACAACGUUAACAAUGGAAACUACAAACAAAUGAACAUCACCACAUCAAAUACGUGUUAAACUCAUAUUUGACGUGAAUGGUGCGACGCUGAGGCCAGACCAUGCACCAGGGAGCUUUCAUGGGCGCCAACUGGACGGUGCGCCGGAAACUGUCAGUUGCCCCACAUCCCAGGCGCGGGUACCAGCCCCACGGGGCACACUGGAAUGUGCAGGUGGUGAGAGGCAAAGUGACCACGCGAUGUCUGUGGAACGCCUGCAAGGCCUUAACUCUCGGCCUGCUGCUCCUUCUGCUGGGAUGCGCCAUGGCUACAGUCGGGUAUUAUGCAGAUCAGCUGUCAGUGGCGCAGGAAGUGAGGGGCAAUCAAACGGUCCGAGUGAAGAACGAGAGCAGGGGCUUCCACCUCAACAAUUUGUCCUACGCUGGUCCCAUCGUCAUGGGCGUGGGAGGUUUCAUCGUUGUCGCCGCGUGUGUCAUGACGUUUGAAGCACGGGACAGCGCAGCGAAAGUAGUUCCUGCGAGGUUCAAAUUCAACAACACGAUAAAAGCGAGUCCUCUUUCGAAGAAACAGAUGUCGGAAAGGUCAGACAGCCGUCGCAGCACCAGCUGCCAGACCAAGUGGGACAAUCACAUGGGUUUGUUCCGCGUAUCCAGCAAUAAAACCGGGAGUGUACGUGGUGACACCGGAGGUACCUCCCCAUGUAGUAGCGAAGUCAUGAACAGGCGUGCUCUUACAGCCACAUUUGUCCAGUUCUCAAGAGCGCUACAAAACCGACAGCCAUCAACAGAUUCUGGCUCUUCGCGGCUCUGUGCUCAACCAAUAACAAACGGGAUCACUAAAAGUCCCUCCGCACCAAACCUCUCUGCAGACAACAGUCCACAUUCUCCAAACCAAAACCAAACACUGAUGAAACCACAAACUGUAAACCCGUCACCAAAAUCAAGGUCCCGAAUUACUGGGAAUUCUCUUCACCCUACCGGCGGAGGUUGUGCCCUGCUGAGCCCUUAUCUCCUCCAGAGGCAAGCCCUGUCGAUGGACAACCCAACUUACGGCCCAUGCGCGUACUACUCAUCCCCACCUUUGCUACGUCGGCAAGGCAGUGGUCGCAGUACAAGAAGUGGAGGAAAUAUGAGUACCGGAAGUCGUGAAUCACUUGAACUUGGCGCAAGCGCAGGAGCAAAUUGCUCUCAUCAUGGCUCUCAAGCAUCGAUGGCAAUGGACUUACAUCUUCCAAAUGACUGCCCAGUAACACUAAAGGUUACGGACCAAUCGAGAAAAUCAGAAACGGCAAAAAGACACUUGUUCGUAAGACAAAAGCCGGUUGAAGAAGACUUUCAUGAGUUUUUACCAUGUAGUGGUUUAGAUUUUAGACGCGAAUCACAUUCAUGUAGUCCGAGGUUAGGUGGAAUUCAUGUAAGGACACAUGCAGAGGAUAUAAAAGUUCCACGUCCGAGGUCAAGGGCGAAUACUGGCGAAUCAAGGCAUAACAAGCAGUCGCGAGGUAGGCGAGCGUCUGCUACAUAUUCGAGAUCAAGCACAGAUGAGACAAAGUCGCCUCAUCCCAGGUCAAGAUCAAACACAGGUGAAUCUAUGAGAAGUUACCAGCGCAGAGAGUCCAGCGCUGUUCAUCCCAAACAUUACUAUGCAAGAUCCAACACUGAAGAUCCCAGGUCACGAAGAAGUUCAACGUCUGACUUCACCAGCAGACGUCAUCGAGAAUCAAACUCAGUUCCAUUCUUCACUAGAUCAAAUACUGCAACAAGAGAUGAAUAUAAGAGGCUUCACUACCGAAAACACUCGCCCAGCAGAUCACCAUUUUCAAUAUCAAGAUCCAACACAGAAGACUCGACAGCGCAUCAACAUGAAGAUGUUUUUCAGGAUAUAGAAAUGUCAAUAGUCAGGGGAAAGCUUCAUGAAGAGGACACCAGCUUACAUGACCUUUUAAGAAUCAGCGAAUUAGAACGUCAGAAUAAACAGAAAUGUUAUGAAAGCAAUGACGCAGUAUCAGAAAAUGAUAAACAGAAAAUAAAGUCACAUCAGUCAAGCAGUGAUUCAACAGUACAAUAUGGCGGCAACGCAGCUGCUUUAUCAGAUGUCAGUAAACGUGCCUCAGAGCUCGAUUUAGUCAUUGAAAUUGAUAAUGGUGAAACAUCACAUAUUUAAAAUAAUAUUAACGGUUGUGUAAAUGCAAAUUUAAACAAAUACAAAACGGUUUCCGCAAUGAAAUUCA